AUGAAAUAUAUCGUUGUUACAGGUGGUGUAUUAAGUGGUAUUGGUAAAGGCAUUAUUGCUAGUAGUACUGCAAUGAUUUUAAAAUCAAUGGGCCUCCGUGUCACAUCAAUUAAAAUUGAUCCAUAUUUAAAUAUUGAUGCUGGUACAAUGAGCCCAUUCGAACAUGGUGAGGUUUUUGUUUUAGAUGAUGGUGGUGAAGCAGAUUUGGAUCUUGGUAAUUAUGAAAGAUUUUUAGAUGUUAACUUAGGUAAAGAUAACAAUAUUACAACUGGUAAAAUUUACAAUUCAGUUAUCGAAAAGGAAAGAAAAGGUCAAUAUUUAGGUAAAACUGUUCAAGUUGUACCACAUAUUUCAGGUGAAAUUCAAAAUUGGAUCGAAAGAGUAUCACAUGUUUCAGUUGAUGGUAUUGAUGAAUCACCAGAUGUUUGUGUUAUCGAAUUAGGUGGUACAGUUGGUGAUAUUGAAUCUAUGCCAUUUACCGAAGCACUUCGUCAAUUCCAAUUCCGUGUUGGUCCAGAAAACUUUUGUUUAAUGCAUGUCAGUUUAGUACCAGUAUUAGGUGUUGUUGGUGAACAAAAGACCAAACCAUCCCAACAAAGUGUUAGAGAACUCCGUGCCCUUGGUCUUAGCCCAGAUUUUUGCCUUUGUCGUAGUUCACAACCAUUAACUCACGAAACCAAAAAGAAAAUCUCAUUAUUCUGUCAUGUUCCAGAAGAUAAUGUUAUUGGUGUCCACGAUGUCAGCAAUAUUUAUCGUGUACCAAUUCUUUUACACAGUCAAAACCUUCCAAAUCUUAUCUUAAAACGUUUAUCUCUCACACCAAAAGUUGACAUGACCAAAUCUGUCAAUGCAGGCGAAGAUAACACCCCAUAUUGGAUGAGUUCAUGGAAAAAUAUGGCUGAUCGUAUGGAUAAAGUUUCAAACGACUCAUUAAACCCAAUUCACAUUGCCAUGGUUGGCAAAUAUACAGAUCUUUCAGAUGCUUACCUUUCAGUUAUUAAAGCUCUCGAACAUGCCUCAAUGGAAAUUGACAGAAAGAUGGUUAUCGAUUGGAUAGAAGCAAGCAAUUUAGAAAAGAAACACCAAAACACUAAAGAAUAUGACCAAUCAUGGGAAAUGCUUCGUAAUUGUCAUGGUAUUCUUGUUCCAGGUGGUUUCGGUGAUCGUGGUAUUGAAGGUAUGAUUUUAGCAGCUAAUUAUGCCCGUACUUCAGGUAAACCAUAUCUUGGUAUUUGUUUAGGUAUGCAAGUUGCCGUCAUCGAAUUUGCUCGUAAUGUUAUGGGUUGGGAAAAUGCUAAUUCAGAAGAAUUUAUUGCUAGUGGUAUUGGUAAACAUGUUGUAGUAUAUAUGCCAGAAGUUAGCAAAACUCAUAUGGGUGGUACCAUGAGACUUGGUUCUCGUGAAACCAUUUUCUCAGAUCCAACUAAAAAGAUCUCACAACUUUAUGGUAUUACACAAGCUGGUCAAGCUGUUGAAGAACGUCAUCGUCAUCGUUACGAAGUUAAUCCAGAUGUUGUCGAUGAAAUCGAAACUAAAGGUCUUCAUUUCGUUGGUAGAGAUACUACCGGUGUAAGAAUGGAAAUUGUCGAAUUAGAAGGUCACGAUUACUAUGUUGCUUGUCAAUUCCAUCCAGAAUUCAAAUCUCGUCCACAAAAACCAAGUCCACCAUUCGUUGGUCUUAUCCUCGCUUGUUGGAAACAAGAUUUAAAGAAAAAUGGUAAUUUAGAAAGAUAUCAAGAUAUCACCAAAAAAUGGAACCUCAACGAAAAUAUAUAA